CGGGGUCGAACCCUCCUCUCAAACAACUUCUCUCUCAUUUUCUUCGUACCAUCUCCAUUCCCCAUUCCAAUAUCAUCGUCUCUCUCCUUCCGCAGCAGCAACUGGUACUGGUACUGGUAGUAAUAGGAGGAGGAGGAGGAGGAGGAGGAGGAGGAGAUCAUCGUCGGAGAUCAUCUCAUCGUCGGAGAUGACGGAGUCGUUGGUGCGGAAGAAGCCCGGGAUGGCGAGCGUGCGGGAGAUGCCGGUGCUGCAGGACGGUCCCCCGCCGGGCGGGUUCCCCCCAGUGCGCUACGCCCGCCGCAUCCCCUCCAACGGCCCCAGCGCCGCCGCCAUCUUCCUCACCGCCUUCGGCGCCUUCGCCUGGGGCAUGUACCAGGUCGGCAAGGGCAACAAGAUCCGACGUGCGCUUAAGGAAGAGAAAAUUGCUGCUCGCUGCGCGAUACUUCCCAUUCUUCAAGCCGAAGAAGAUGAGAGAUAUGUAAAAGAAUGGAAGAAGUAUCUCGAGGAGGAGGCGAGGAUUAUGAAAGACGUGCCUGGCUGGAAGGUCGGGGAAAGCGUGUACCACUCUGGCAGAUGGACGCCUCCGGCGACUGGCGAGCUGCGACCUGAUGUCUGGUGAGAGCCUAAAUCAGGCUUCAACCUUGGUUCCAUCUUUGGUUCCUUUCGAAUGUCUUAAAGUGGGAGAACUUGCAUUUCUAAUGAUAAUAAUCAAUCCGUGUGCGUUAGACUCAUGGAGUAUAUGUAUAAUUUCGCCGGCAUUGACCGGCGAAGUAUGUGUCUUCUUCUUAGCUUUUGAUUGACUCAGAUUUUGGUGUUCUUAUGUUUAAAAACUAAUGGCUUUAUACGAUUGAUGGGUCAAAUGGAGUGCCAAAUUUACAUUCCAAAUUUCAGUUUUGGCAUUUUUGGUUCUGCA